AAAAGAGGCGGUCUUACGGAUCUGUGUCCAAUCGAAACGCUCGGGAGGAGGAGUCUCUUCGGACAUGGAAUAGCCGGCCCCCAAAGGACGGUGUUCUCAGGGAUUGGAGGACAAGUGUCUGCCUGGGGUAAUAAUAGGUGCAUGUUGAUUUUGAUAUGGUGUUGUUAGAAUGCUCUUUAAUAUAGUGUAGAAGAAUAAUGAACCGCGAAAAAUUAUCCACAUCCAUCGAGAGCCAACCAUCAAGUCGACACACCAAAGCGAAUCCAGUGACAGCAAUUGACCUAGCCACGUCCAUGCAUGAUCAAGUGGGUGUCACAGAUCAAGAAGGGCGACUUUUGUCCAACUACCACAACCCUCAUGGGAUCGAAUCUAUCCUUCGAGGGCGUAACUCUGGUGGGAUGUUCCACCCCGAGACCAGUUUGGCUAGUAACCCGCUCGUGAAUAACGCGUUGACCAUGUCAAGUAUGGAACACCUCCACCAACAACACCAACAGCAUCAGCAACAACAGCAACAGCAAGAAGAUCAGCUCUCGAAAACGGAUUGUCAAAAAACCCUCCGGGAACAGACCGGACUCUAUUGGCAGAACAUCCAUGGAUUAAUUUCAACGUCAAAUAUCUGGAGAAAUGGUUUUGAAAACCAUUCUGUAGGUGAAUUGGACUCCAAGAAGAAACACACAAGACCCACAUUUUCUGGGCAGCAGAUCUUUGCAUUGGAAAAGACGUUCGAACAAACCAAGUAUUUAGCGGGUCCAGAGAGAGCGAAGCUGGCGUAUGCAUUGGGAAUGAGUGAAUCUCAAGUGAAGGUUUGGUUCCAAAAUCGUCGGACAAAAUGGCGGAAACGACAUGCGGCGGAAAUGGCACACGCCAAGAAACGGCAGGAAAAGUCACGAAGUCAAAAUGGUUCCUCAGAGAGAGAUAAUCAGUAUGGAGGCGAUGACGAUGAGGAGGACGAGGAAGAAGAUGACGAAGAAGAUAAAUUUUGUACCGACAUUGAUAACUAUUAGCAUAAAUGUUGACUCUGACGAUAAUUGAUAAACCAUCAUACCAAUUACCACAAUUUGUGAGAUCCUGAAUGGAUCAUGAACUGGUGUUCUCAUAUAAUGCAAAAAAACGCACACUAAUAUCAUGCAUAUGCACUUGUCAAAACACAUCUAUGUGGUCUGAUCAUUUGAACUCGUAGAUUCGCUGACAAACGGGAUCAAAAGCUCAUCCUUUCACGAAAGCUAUCGGGUAAUUGCCAACGCCAUGCAUUGUUGAUUACAUUAUUGGAGAAGCAAAAGGAGAUGUGCGUGGGUGAAACCUUUCCCUUAUAUCACGUGUUGUAUGUUGUAACUCGAACGUGCUCAACUUCAAGGCAUUUUAAGAGCGCAGGCGUGAUUAAGAAAAUGCCUUCAAACUGAAAUGUUCUAAUAGCGAACAGUAAUCGUUUUAUAUUGAUUCCUCAAAGUUUAACUUCGCUCCCUAUAAAUGACUUGCUCAAGAUCUCAAAGCAAACGAGUUAG